CCUAAACUUUUUAAUUCUCAAACUACUUAUCCUCCACCAGCAUUAUACUCUUCAAACUCAUGGAAACUGUCACCAACAUAUCUCUCAACGCCUCUCUCUCUGAACCAAAACCUCUCUUCCUCCACCCAUCUCCACCACCUCCUCCAUGGAAGACCACUCUUCAUUACCACCCCCACCACACAAAACCUAUAGAAUAACAGCCUCUUCAAUCUCUUACACCAAACCAACCACCAAUAACUACACCAUUGUCCCCACCUUCCUCUUCCAACCCUGCACUACAACUCCACCAACCUACAUUCUCCGGGACAUCUGCCUGACUGCUUAUCCAUCUCAAGUUCUCGCUAUUGUUGGCCCAAGUGGAGCAGGGAAGUCCACCCUUCUCGACAUUUUAGCUGCUCGAACCUCGCCUACAAGUGGCUCUCUCCUUCUCAAUUCUUCCCCUCUCAACCGUUCUUCAUUCAGGAAGCUCUCAGCUUAUGUACCUCAACAUGAUGCAUGCUUACCCCAGCUUACUGUUUCUGAAACUUUUGCCUUUGCAGCCAGCCUCCUUGUUCCCAAAUCUUCCAAAAUUGCCAUCAUAGUAGCCUCUCUUCUCAGUGAGCUCAGGCUAACUCACCUAGCACAUACCAGGCUCGCCCAUGGGCUAUCUGGCGGUGAGCGUCGACGCGUCUCUAUAGGCCUCAGCCUUCUCCAUGACCCUGCCGUGUUGCUUCUUGAUGAGCCAACAUCUGGGCUUGACAGCAAUUCGGCUUUCAAUGUGAUGCAGACCCUGCAGUCGAUUGCGCAAUCACGCCACCGCACUGUGAUCUUGUCCAUUCAUCAACCUAGUUUCAAGAUCCUUUCCACCAUUGAUAAAGUCCUUUUGCUCUCAAAAGGAACUGUUAUCCACCAUGGAACUCUUUCUUCACUUGAAACGUUCUUACUCUCCCAUGGCUACACUGUUCCUCCGCAGCUCAAUUCCCUUGAAUACGCUAUGGAAAUACUGAGCCAACUCCAUGAGCAUAAACCCCUUACACCACCAUCACUUCCUCCAUCACCAGAAAUUCCUGAAAUUUCUCCUUCUAAUCAUAGUGGAUCAAUGAUCAGAUAUAGGAGCUCAAGACUCCAUGAAGUACUCGCUUUGUACAACAGGUUUUGGAAGAUCGUUUACAGAACCAGACAGCUUCUCCUCGUGAACACAUUGGAAGCUCUUGGUGUGGGCCUUGUUCUAGGAACCAUUUACAUCAACAUUGGAUUCGACAAGCAAGGAAUGGAGAAGCGAUUAGGCCUCUUUGCCUUCACUCUCACCUUCCUCCUCUCUUCAACAACCGAAACUCUCCCAAUUUUCAUCAAUGAAAGGCCCAUUCUACUCAGAGAAACUUCAAGUGGGGUUUACAGGCUCUCGUCAUAUCUCAUCGCAAACACACUGGUUUUCUUGCCAUACUUGCUGGCCAUCGCCAUCAUUUACUCAGUCUCCGUAUACUUCUUAGUGGGUCUCUGUGCUACAUGGCAAGCUUUUGCCUACUUUGUUUUGGUGAUAUGGGUAAUAGUCCUCAUGGCAAAUUCAUUUGUUCUCUUCCUGAGUUCGGUAGCUCCAAACUACAUCGCCGGAACAUCACUAGUCACAAUAUUUCUGGGCGCUUUCUUUCUCUUCUCCGGCUACUUCAUCUCAAAAGACAGCAUGCCCAAGUACUGGCUGUUCAUGCACUUCUUCUCCAUGUACAAAUAUGCCUUGGAUGCCUUCCUCAUCAAUGAGUACUCAUGCCUUGUUUCAAGGUGUUUGUUAUGGUACGAAGAGAACAAGACAUGUAUGGCGACUGGGGGUGAUGUGCUGCAGAAGAAAGGGCUCCAUGAGAGGCAGAGAUGGACCAACAUCUACAUGUUGAUUGGAUUCUUUUUCUUCUACCGUGUGCUUUGCUUUCUGGUUUUGAUCAGGAGGGUUCGAAGAUCAAAGAAUUGAAGCCAUGGCUAAAUCAUGUGAUUUCUAUUUACUCAUUGUCUUAAAGUUAAAUAAACUGUUCAAUGAAUUUGAUUCGAAGACCUACAUAAUGAAACGUCAAAUCCUACCAUUGGGCCACAUUUGAAAGAGAGCGUGGCAAGAAACCCUCAAACCACUCACAUGGGUCCUCCAAAACCAUUGAAAUCAUUUUUUGAAGGUUGGGAAGGCGACUUAAGAUUGAAGAUAAUGGAGAUGAGAGGCCAACCAGGCUUUUGGAUUGACCUGAAGUUCACGGGUCUCUAUCCUUUGAUCCAUAGGGGUGAAAAAUCCAAGGUAUCCUAGUCAUUUCCAUAAGGCAUGUCGGAUAGCGUAAUAUUGCUUCAUUUGUUUGCUUCCUUCAACCUAAUCAGUGCAUGGUCACGGGUUUCUCUUCUGCCAACACGUGAACUGGUUGGUGUCAUGUCUACUUUCCAUUUUUUUUCUUGGAAAAAUUCCCAAAACCUUCCAUAAAAUAAUUGUAUCACGACUUUCCUUAAUCUAUACUACCCGAUCCUUUAAAU